AUGUCGACUCCAGCCCAAGACGAAUUCAACGCCCUUGUCUCCAAGAAUACCCAUCGAGAGACUCUCCAUCCCGAAGAUCGUGACGACCCCGACUUUGACCUCAAAGGCCUAGACAUCUCUGAAGAAGACUCCUUCCGCAACGACCAAAUCGACGCAGCUAUGCGGAUGCCUACUCUCGACCGACUCACCGGCGCUGGCGCCACUGAGAUCAACCUCCCCCCCGCCUCCUUCGACAGCGGUCGUGCCACUGGCGUCAAGGGCGUCAUCGCCGACGCCCGCAACUAUGAGGCUGCCCGCAAGAACAAGUGGCGCAACCGCGUUCGCACUGCCCGUGCUAGCAUCUUCGGCCUUGACACCAUCUCCCACGCCACCUCCAAGAGCGACAGCGAGACCGAUGAUGACUCCAAGAGCUCUGCAAGCGACCCCGAUGAGGAUGCCUUCCUUCAGGAGUGGCGAGAGACCCGGAGGCGUCAGCUUGAGAGCGACGCUAACCGCGCCGUGAGGAACCGAAGGACCAGCCCUAGUGUCCGUAUCUACGGCCGCCUGGACGAGGUUGAUGCUCUCGGAUACCUCGACGCCAUCGAGAAGGUUAGCCGAGAAACCACUGUCGUCGUCUACGUCUACGACCACGAGUGUGAGGUUUCCAGUACUAUCGAGGCUGCUAUGAUGCCUCUCGUCAAGAGCAACUCAACCAUCCAUUUCGUCAAGGUCCACUACGACGAGAUCGAGUUUGAUAACGCGGCCGUCCCCGCCAUCUUGGCCUAUCGCAACCAGGGCGACUUGUUUGCCAACUUGACGGGAGUCAUCGAGAUGAUCCCCGACGAAGAGAGCUUUGGCACCGCGUCAUUGACCAAGCUCUUCAACAAGCAUGAUAUCCUAUGA